GAUCUUUGUGCUCACCUGUCGCUAGGAUACUUUGCCCUCCUCUGAGUGACGCCAUCGGCGGAUGAGUGAUGGGGGAAGUGCGGAUCCUCUGGAAGUCGAUCACCUUCUCCUGCCUGAGAAAAGUUCUCGUCGCCGGCUCAAGCAGACACAAACAGCCCGGGACGAGGCGCCGGUGGAGAGAAGUUAACUUUCACCACGUCGACUCGUCACUUCCGUCAUGGAGUUCGGUGAAGAGUCGUCUCCCGCUCUGGCUUUCGAGAAGGACGCGUUCGAUCUGACGGUCGAGGACGUUUACGACAUUUCCUACGUGAUCGGCCGGGAUCUGUUAAAAGUCAGCCGCACGGGAGACGAGGUGUCGGACCUGCAGUUCCGCAUUGUCCGCGUGUUGGAGAUGUUCGAGACCCUGGUGAAUAAGUACAACCUGUCCGUGGAGGAGCUGCGAAUGGAGCGGGACAACCUGAAGAGGGAGCUGGACAGGGUGGUCCAGGAGAGAUCCUCCGGCCAGGGCACGCAAACAGCGGGGCCCAACCAGCUGGUGGUGGACCUGACGGACCCCAACAGGCCGCGGUUCACCAUGCAGGAGCUGAAGGAGGUUCUGCAGGAGAGGAACCAGCUGAAGGCUCAGCUCAUGGUGGCUCAGGAGGAGCUGCAGCUCUACAAGAGUGGGAUCCUUCCACAGGCUGAACCAGCCAUGGUGGAAGUGGAUCUAAAGACAGAGGCAGCCACAGAGCACAGUCCAACCGAGAUAAAUGAUGUAAAAGAGGAGAAGACGACCAUAAGCAAACUGUUUUCAUUCAGGCGAAAAUAAGAAAAACCUUUUCACACAAACGGACCACGUAGAGGACAAACAGGAUUUGUCGGCACAGUUUUUCUCAUCAGUUAACCACUUUUAUACUGAAGAUUUUUUACUAUGUGUAUUUGUCAGUCUAACAAGCACUGUGUUUUAUACUGGUAAUUUUAACCUGAGAUUGUUUAUGUAAUUAGAGUAUUAUAUAUAUUAUUUGAAACGUUUGAUGAAGGAAAUGAAACUGGAAAGUAUUAUCUGGCUGCUGAUCAUGUUGAUGUUGAAUGCAUUAACCUAAAAAUUAAAUUAUCUGUAGGCUUGAAA